GAUAGGAAAGCAGUGGUUUGGUGCGUUGCGUGAGGUUCUAGAUUCUUGGAUAAAAGGAACUGACUGAUCAACGUGGUGUCUUUCGGCGGUUCAGUUGUUGACGCUAAGCCCCGGCGUUAGUAAGUGGCCUGUCAGUGUCAUCAUCGUCAUUUUUUAGGAUCAUAUAUCACUGCUACUGCAAGCUCUGCAUUUCAAUUGCGCCUGCUCAUAAAUAAUAAAAUUAUCUUGUCCUCUUCCAUAAUGUCCAGCACAAAUACCACAGUCCAAGAGACAAAGCAGUCUCUCGUCCAGCGAGCAAAGGCAUGGGGAGAAAAUUCCUUCCCUCCGACCCUUCUCGCAACCUUGAUCACGGCGCAACAUGCUCGUCCCUUCCAAGCGGUUCCCAUGCUUUUCCCUCCGGUCCUUCUCUUUACAAGCUAUGCGAACCUCCAGGGCUUCAAGGUCGAUAGUGCCGGUCUCACUGCGGCCUGGUCGGGACUCUACCUACUGCUUGCCGGUCGGCGGAAGCAGCCAUUCAUGAAGAAAUGGGGUGUUCGGGGCGUUGUCCGCGGUGCGACUAUGGGUCUCUGCUUUGCCAAUUUGGUCGGCGGAGGACUGGCAUACACGUUUGGCAAGAGGGAGGAAGAGGAAGAGUAGUUCUAUUACAUGGGCCAAGUGGUUUAUUCUCAAUGCUAGGUAAUAAGGUACUAGCAUGUCUGGUGGCGGGGUAGGCGUCGCCCAAGGUAUGGUGUUCCGGAUUCAUUGCUUACAG